CAGCCAUGAAAUAAUAUACAGGUCUUCGGUCCCUCACCUACCUUGUCCCACACACGGGACGCCACCCCAGGGUGUCUUCGCAGAAUGACCAAUUCGACCGCAUGGUUUGACCACUCGGUGAAUUCAGGCCUCCAGCUUGGCCAAAAUAACGGCCAUGUCGAAUUUCACAGCCAUCAUGGUGCAUCUGAAGCCUCACGUAAUGAGGCGUGUCUACGCGAUCUUCGGAUAAGCAAUCCUCGGGACGACAAGACCAGGAUCGAGGAGUUGAAAGGAGGAAUACUCAAGGAUUCAUACUCAUGGGUCCUACGCAACAAUGAAUUCCUGAGGUGGAGAGAUAAUGGCGGGCCCGAUCGAGAUGCCAAUGACCGAAUGCUGUGGAUCCGCGCCGACCCCGGAAAAGGAAAGACCAUGCUCCUUUGCGGCAUCAUUGACGAAUUGAAAAAGGAUUUGCCCGAGACCUGCGCAUUGUCGUAUUUCUUCUGUCAACAGAGCGAUGCUCGCCUGAACGAUGCAACAUCCGUCUUGCGAGGCUUGAUCUUUCUACUCGUGGAUCAGCGGCCGAGUCUGCUCUCCUACAUCCGGCCGCGCUAUGACGUAGAAGGGAACACGCUCUUCGAAGAUACCAAUGCUUGGUACGCUCUAUCGAAAAUGUUUCUCGAAAUGUUGGAGGACCCAGAGUUAGAGACCACGUUGUUGAUCAUCGAUGCUUUGGACGAGUGCAGCACCGGCCUGCCAUUGCUGCUUGAGCUGGUGAAACGGUCAACGGGGAAUCCUCGGGUCAAGUGGAUUGUCUCGAGUCGGAAUUGGCUUGAUAUUGAGAAGCAUUUGACGGCAACAUAUUGCUCUACUUUGUCUCUCGAGCUGAACGAGAAUUCUGUCGCUGCCGCUGUGAAGACCUAUAUUCGGAUCAAGGUGGACUUCCUCGCCGCGCUGAAUGGAUACGACGAGAACACCAAAGACUUUACCCGAGAAUAUUUGACGUCAAACUCCAAUGAUACAUUUCUAUGGGUUGCCUUGGUCUGUGAGCGGCUUGCCAGUACGUCGGCAUGCGAAGUGGAAAACAUUCUUACCUCCUUUCCGGCGAGUCUCGAUGAUCUCUACAAGCGCAUGAUGCGCGACAUUGAAAAUUCAGAAAGUACACAGCUGUGCCGAGUGAUUCUCGCCACCGUCUGUACCGCAUACCGGCCUCUGGUAGUUGAAGAGCUUUCAGUACUUACCGAUCUACCCUCACGAUUCUCGACAGAUUCUCGGAUGAUAACGCAGAUUGUUAAGCUCUGUGGCUCAUUCUUAUCUAUUCGGGAAGACACCAUUUACUUUGUCCAUCAGUCUGCGAAAGAUUUCUUGCUGACGUCCAAUCUCAUAAUCCCAGCCGGUCUUGAGAUGGAACACAGUAGGAUGUUGUCUCAGUCUAUCAAGGGGAUGAACCAGACACUUCGACGUAAUAUAUACGACAUUCAGAAUCCAGGGUGUCGAGUCGAGGACAUCUGCCGUCCUACACCUGACCCCUUGGCACAAGCACGUUACUGUUGCACAUAUUGGAUUGAUCAUUUAUUAGAAGCAGAUCCUAGGAACACGAUCGACCUGUCCACAGAUGGCCCUAUUCAGCUCUUUCUGGAACUGAAACUACUUUACUGGCUCGAGGCUCUUAGCAUUCUCGGGCAGUUUACUGGAGGCAUUGGAGCCAUCCUCAUACUUAAUAGCUUUCUGCAGAAAGCAAAGUGCGCGGACCAAUUGUCAAGCCUUGUGAAUGACAUUUCCCGAUACAUGCGCGAGUUCAAGGUCCCGAUCGAAACCAGCCCGCUCCAAGCCUAUAGCUCAGCACUCAUUUGGGCCCCGAAUCGGAGUCUGGUCAAAGAUCUUUACCAGCACGAAAGAUCUACGUGGAUUACCAAAGUCCCCGUGGUCGAGGAGAAUUGGAGUCGCUGUAUUCAUACCAUCGUGGGCAACGACUGUGAUAUUACUGGAAUCGGCUGGUCACAGGAUGGUGACCGGCUGCUGUGUAUGGCAGCAGACCUGACUGUGAGAAGCUGGGAUCCCGAAACUGGACAAUAUCUUUCGAGCAUCAAGCUGGAGAGACAUCCUAACGCGCCCACCAGUUAUCACUUAUCCCGACACACAGGCCGCGUUGCUUCGGUCUUUAGGGAUGAUCGCACUAAGAUUCGUAUUUGUGAUGCUAUCACCGGAAAGUGUAUUCGCAUACUCGACGACAAAUCCUUGCACUCGCAUAGCUCGGCACAGUGGGUUGAAGAUGGAAAGCAUCUCGUCUCGUACUCAGAGGGCGGAAUUCAACUGUGGGAUGUUUCCGAAUCUCCUGAACAAGGAAUGCAACCUGUAAACCUCGAUGACGGUUUACGCGUACAAUGCUGGUCUCACGAUGGCUGCCUGUAUAUUGCGACACCCAGGUCUUUCGACGAUCGCGACGACUUCCGCCACGCCAUCCACGACAGUAGAACAGGAGUUUGUUUGAGGAAAUUGGAAUAUGAUUGGCAGCCUGGUCACCGUCUUGAUUCAUGGUCCCCCGAUGGAAGUAUGCUCGCCUGGAAAUCGUUCACCAGAGUGGUCAUCUGGGAUUUGGUCACUGUGGUAUCCAGACAUGUGCUGGAAGGACAAACUUCCUCAGUUGUCAAUAUUAGCUGGUCGCCCGAUUCAACCAGAAUCGCGAUAAGUGAUCUUCAUGAUAAAAUUAGGAUCUGGGAUCCAAAACUCGGAAUUUGUCUCUGGACGCUCGACGAACACGGAACCUUCGGAAGAAAGGAACUCUGCUGGGCUCCCGACGGAAAUCGACUUGCAUCCUACUCACAUCAAGUGAUCAGGAUCUGGGACACAACGCCAAUCAGAAACUUCCCAGCUUUUGCAGAGCAUUCUGUUCAGGUGGCAGCAAGGCCUCACUCACGUCACCGCCGGGCUUUGGCGUACGUUCGAUCCCAAUUCACGAAGUUACGAAGAAAGGCCCUGGACCAAAAAAUCCCACGCUCACCAGCCAAUCGUGGCCUGAUCUUGUGGCUCUAUUGGUCGCAUGGUAGAGCACGUGUUGCGUCACUAACCAGCGACGGUGUUCUUGAGAUUUGGAACACGGACACCGGUUAUAGAGUUUGCGAAAUUGAAGGUUAUUUUCCAGAUCUCGCCAUGACAGUGGCCUGGUCAUCCGAUGGAAAACUAGGGACGUUUGACCAGGGGGUUCUAUGCGUAUGGAAUAUUGUGUCAGGAAAGCGGCUUUUAGCUCUAUCACAUAAUACAGGCGGUGUUCGUGAAGAACCCGGGUUCUUUGCCUGGUCGCCGGACGGGUGCCAACUAGCAUCAGCAAAAGAUGGAACCGUUAAAAUCUGGGAUCCCGUCACCGGAAAAUGCCUAAGGGAACUGCGCCAUUCUGAUCUGCUUCAGACACUGGCCUGGUCUUGCGAUGGACAGAAAGUCGCGUCAGUAUCCAAGCGUGAUGGUACAGUAAGACUUUGGGAUCUCGCCACGGGACAGCAUCUUGAGCUCCGCGACCCGACCGGAGAAGACGAUCUAUCGUUCGCUACAGAAUGGCAUAUUACAUGGUCUCAUGACAACAGUCGCAUCGCCUGGGGAUACAAUGAGUAUGGCUUUCUCUAUGACACAGCCAAGGGCUUAUGGAUAGGCUCCCUCCAUAUCCAGGAACGCGUUGGGUCUCAAAAGCCUCCACCUGGCCUGCGGGAUACCAGUCUUAUAUUCGAUAUUUGGGAUCUCAUCACAUCUAGAGGCCGCGGUUCUGUCGAUCAGUCAGUUUCAAGCAUCGCAAUCUACGGGCUUGUCGAGAAUGGUCUUGAUACGAGUUUGGGGGUCUUUGAUGUGAAGGGUGUCGGCUGUGUCCACGACGCUACUGAGAGCAGCCCGUGGAUACCAGUUGGGUAUGGGAUCUCCUCGGAUAAUUCGUGGAUUACUUGGAACGGAGACAAUCUGCUGUGGUUGCCCUGGCAAUAUCGACCGCUCACUAGAUAUCGCAUGUGCAAUUCGGGGGCGAAUGUGGCGAUUGUUUGUCGUUCUGGUCGAGCCAUCUUUCUCUCAUUCGCCGAGAAUCCACUUUCUUGAGUCCCUGUGGUGUCUAUCUGCGCUUGGGUGCUGGCCAAGCCAGUAGAAGAUUCGCCACAAGUGAUUGAGGAUAUAGCCUUGUUGAGAUUGAGGUCUCAAUCUUUUCUUGCUCCGGAGCUCCCGUACAAUCUUUGAAACGUUAUGCUUGGCUCUGAAUUUACAGCAUGAAUCCUCCAGAGUCUAAGAAGAGACAUAAGCGUCUCGGCAAUUGAGACCUCGUAGCUCUCCAAGUUCUUCUCCCAGGCUAUCGUACAGAACCACGUUCUCAGGACACAG